CUCGACAUUGUUUAUUAUUCAUCGUUGGCCGUGGAUAUCCAUUAGAGAAGCACUUUUUCUGUUCACAGAACAACAAGUAAGGUGAGAAACUGGAAUAGUAUGUUUAACGGGUUUGGAAGUUUUGGAGGGUUUGGAGCAACUGGGGCUUCCAGCUCCAGAAGAAAGGAAGUGGAUAACAAAAAAUAUUACGAAUUAUUGGGAGUCUCUCAGGAAGCUUCUAAAGAUGAAAUUAAAAAGGCCUACAGGAAACUGGCUAUUAAGUUGCAUCCAGAUAAGGGAGGUGAUGAGGAGAAGUUCAAGGAAGUGACGAGAGCUUUUGAGGUUUUAUCGGACGACGAUAAAAGGAGAAUUUAUGACCAAUAUGGUGAAGAAGGCCUUUCACAGGAAGGAAUGAGUAGUGGUAUGAAUGCAGAAGACAUUUUUGAGGCUUUCUUUGGUGGAGGCUUGUUUGGAGGCUCAAGGUCACGUAGUCGAGGCCCACGAAAGGGAGAAGAUGUUGUUCACGCUUUGAAAGUCACCUUGAACGACUUGUAUAACGGAAAAACAUCAAAGUUGGCGCUCAAUCGGCAUAGAAUAUGUCCAAGCUGUGAUGGUAAAGGAACAACACAUCCAAGUGGUGUUACUAGAUGCAAAACUUGCAAUGGUCAAGGAGUCCGAGUACAGAUACGACAGAUUGGACCAGGAAUGGUACAACAAAUGCAGUCCGUUUGUCCUGACUGUAGUGGAAGCGGAGAAUCCAUUAAAGAGAAAGACAAGUGUUCCAAGUGUAAGGGCCAGAAAGUUGUGAAAGAAAGAAAGGUACUGGAAGUUUAUAUUGAACCUGGAACAGAACAUGGCCAGAAGUUGGUAUUUUCUGGUGAAGCGGAUGAAGAACCAGGUACAGUUCCUGGAGAUGUUAUUGUAGUAGUACAACAGAAAGAACACGAUUUCUUCAAAAGAAAAGGAAGUAAUUUGAUAGUAGAAAAAGAAAUUUCUCUUGUAGAAGCACUAUGUGGUGUUGCCUUCACGGUUGAACAUCUGGACGGACGAACAUUAUUGGUUAAGACAGAACCAGGUACAGUACUUGAACCUGAUAGCGUAAAGACUGUUCCUGGAGAAGGAAUGCCUUUAUACGGAAAUAGAACACUGAAAGGAAAUUUAUUUAUCAAAUUCCGUGUUCAGUUUCCAGAAUAUUUAUCCGAAGAACAACGAGCGUUGCUUGAUCGAGUCUUGGGUCCUCGUCCUAAUCUGUCCUUGAAUGGGAAGGAUGAUAACUUAGAACAAGUGUCCAUGAUUGAUUAUCGACCGGAACAUGGCAAAGAAAGCCAAAGAAGUGAAAAUGCUUAUGAUGAAGACGACGAAGAAGGUAUGGAAAGUGGUCCACGUGUUCAGUGUGCACAACAAUAGAAAAGCGUCAAUAUUUCAUUUUGAGACUAUAACGCAUAAGAGCUUUUGCUCAUUUUGUUGUUGGAAUGAAAUACUUGUAAUAAACAAUCUUCCUUUGGU